AUGGAGAACCUAAUAAGGGGAAGGAAUCCCCCACAAUAUCAGAGAAGUCCUUGUAAAGAAGUUCGUGCAGCACUCAGGAAGAGGCCUGAAGAAGAGUUGCAGUGCCUGGAGAUGACCACCAAACGGAAAAUCAUCGGCCGACUGGUGCCGUGCCGAUGUUUCCGAGGUGAAGAAGAAAUCAUCUCAGUUUUAGACUACUCCCACUGCAGCCUUCAGCAGGUGCCAAAGGAGGUCUUUAACUUUGAGCGGACAUUAGAGGAGCUUUAUCUAGAUGCCAAUCAAAUUGAAGAACUACCUAAGCAAUUGUUCAACUGUCAAGCUCUAAGAAAACUAAGUAUUCCUGAUAAUGAUCUUUCAAAUCUGCCAACCACUAUUGCUAGUUUAGUUAAUCUUAAAGAACUCGACAUCAGUAAAAAUGGUGUACAAGAAUUUCCAGAAAACAUUAAAUGUUGUAAGUGUUUAACAAUUAUUGAAGCCAGUGUCAAUCCCAUUUCUAAACUCCCUGAUGGCUUCACGCAGCUUCUAAAUCUGACCCAGCUCUACCUGAAUGACGCCUUUCUUGAAUUUCUUCCAGCCAAUUUUGGAAGACUUGUCAAAUUGCGAAUCUUGGAGUUAAGAGAAAAUCAUUUGAAAACUCUACCAAAGUCAAUGCACAAACUGGCCCAGUUGGAAAGACUUGACCUAGGCAAUAAUGAAUUCAGUGAGCUGCCUGAAGUUCUGGAUCAAAUACAAAAUUUAAGGGAGUUAUGGAUGGAUAAUAAUGCAUUACAAGUGCUACCUGGGUCUAUAGGGAAGUUAAAGAUGUUGGUAUACCUGGAUAUGUCAAAAAACAGAAUAGAAACAGUUGACAUGGAAAUUUCUGGAUGUGAAGCCCUUGAGGACCUCUUACUGUCAUCCAAUAUGUUGCAACAGUUGCCCGACUCUAUAGGUCUUUUGAAAAAACUAACUACUCUCAAAGUAGAUGACAAUCAACUUACAAUACUACCCAAUACAAUCGGAAAUUUAUCUUUAUUAGAAGAAUUUGACUGUAGCUGUAAUGAAUUGGAGUCUCUACCUUCUACUAUCGGCUACCUUCAUAGUCUUCGAACGUUAGCAGUUGAUGAGAAUUUCCUUCCAGAAUUACCCAGAGAAAUUGGAAGCUGUAAGAAUGUAACAGUUAUGUCUCUACGUUCCAAUAAACUGGAAUUUCUUCCUGAAGAGAUUGGACAGAUGCAGAAACUAAGAGUCUUAAAUUUGAGUGACAACAGGUUGAAGAAUUUACCAUUCUCAUUUACCAAACUUAAAGAACUUGCAGCUUUGUGGCUUUCUGACAAUCAGUCAAAAGCUCUUAUCCCUUUACAAACUGAAGCCCAUCCAGAAACAAAGCAAAGAGUAUUGACUAACUACAUGUUUCCCCAGCAACCUCGUGGUGAUGAAGAUUUCCAGUCAGACAGUGACAGCUUUAACCCAACACUGUGGGAAGAGCAGAGACAACAACGCAUGACUGUUGCCUUUGAAUUUGAAGAAAAAAAGGAAGAUGACGAAAAUGCUGGGAAAGUUAAGGAUCACUCUUGCCAAGCCCCCUGGGAAAGGGGCCAGCGUGGGAUUACUCUCCAACCUGCCAGACUGUCUGGCGAUUGCUGCACACCAUGGGCCAGGUGUGAUCAGCAGAUCCAAGAUAUGCCCGUCCCCCAGAAUGACCCACAGCUGGCAUGGGGUUGUAUAAGUGGCCUCCAGCAGGAAAGGAGCAUGUGUACUCCAUUGCCAGUUGCAGCACAAUCCACCACUCUUCCCUCUCUAAGUGGCAGACAGGUUGAAAUAAACCUAAAACGAUAUCCAACUCCUUACCCAGAGGAUUUAAAGAAUAUGGUAAAAUCUGUUCAAAAUCUGGUGGGUAAGCCAAGCCAUGGAGUGCGUGUUGAGAAUUCAAACCCAACUGCUAACACGGAGCAAACUGUGAAAGAAAAGUAUGAACACAAGUGGCCUGUAGCCCCAAAGGAGAUUACAGUGGAGGAUUCUUUUGUUCAUCCAGCUAAUGAAAUGAGGAUUGGGGAACUUCACCCUUCAUUAGCUGAGACCCCUCUGUACCCACCCAAACUUGUUCUGCUAGGGAAGGACAAAAAAGAAUCAACUGAUGAGUCUGAAGUUGACAAAACUCACUGUCUGAAUAACAGUGUUUCCUCAGGCACUUACUCAGACUACUCACCUUCCCAGGCUUCCUCAGGAUCCUCUAACACCCGGGUUAAAGUGGGGUCCUUGCAGACAACAGCUAAAGAUGCAGUACAUAAUUCUUUGUGGGGUAACAGGAUUGCACCAUCUUUCCCACAGCCUCUUGAUUCAAAGCCAUUACUCAGCCAGCGGGAGGCUGUUCCCCCAGGGAAUCUACCACAGCGUCCUGACCGGCUGCCAAUGAGUGAUGCCUUCACUGACAACUGGACUGAUGGUUCACAUUAUGAUAACACAGGGUUUGUUGCAGAGGAGACCACAGGCGAGAAUGCCAACAACAAUCCUCUCUUAAGUUCAAAAUCUAGAAGCACAUCUUCUCAUGGACGCAGACCUUUGAUUAGGCAGGAUAGGAUUGUUGGUGUUCCCCUGGAACUUGAGCAGUCUACACACAGACACACACCAGAAACAGAAGUGCCUCCUUCCAAUCCUUGGCAGAAUUGGACCAGAACCCCUAGUCCUUUUGAAGACAGGACCGCUUUCCCUUCCAAAUUAGAGACAACCCCCACCACCAGUCCAUUGCCUGAAAGGAAAGAACAUAUAAAAGAAUCUGUUGAAAUACCUAGUCCUUUUUCUCCAGGAGUACCAUGGGAAUAUCACGAUUCCAAUCCCAACAGGAGUCUUAGCAAUGUCUUUUCUCAAAUCCACUGCCGCCCAGAAUCUUCUAAAGGUGUUAUUUCCAUUAGCAAAAGCACAGAGAGGCUUUCCCCACUAAUGAAAGAUAUCAAGUCCAAUAAAUUCAAAAAGUCGCAGAGUAUCGAUGAGAUUGACAUUGGUACGUACAAGGUUUAUAAUAUACCAUUAGAAAACUAUGCUUCUGGGAGUGAUCACUUAGGAAGCCAUGAACGACCAGAUAAAAUGUUGGGACCAGAGCAUGGUAUGUCCAGUAUGUCUCGAAGCCAGUCAGUCCCAAUGCUGGAUGAUGAGAUGCUCACUUAUGGAAGUAGUAAAGGGCCACAACAACAGAAGGCUUCCAUGACAAAAAAAGUCUAUCAGUUUGACCAAAGCUUCAAUCCCCAAGGAGCAGUGGAAGUUAAAGCCGAAAAGAGGAUACCACCCCCCUUUCAACACAAUUCUGAGUACGUGCAACAGCCCAGCAAAAACAUCGCCAAGGAUUUGGUUAGUCCUAGAGCUUACAGAGGAUACCCACCAAUGGAGCAAAUGUUCUCAUUUUCUCAGCCAUCUGUUAAUGAGGAUGCUGUGGUGAAUGCCCAGUUUGCAAGCCAAGGUGCCAGGGCAGGCUUCUUGAGAAGAGCUGACUCCCUGGCGAGCUCCACAGAAAUGGCCAUGUUUAGAAGGGUCAGUGAACCUCAUGAGCUGCCUCCGAGUGAUAGGUACGGCAGACCUCCAUAUAGGGGAGGUCUGGAUCGCCAAAGCAGCGUUUCAGUGACUGAGUCCCAGUUCCUGAAAAGGAAUGGCAGGUAUGAAGAUGAACACCCUUCAUAUCAAGAAGUGAAAGCUCAGGCGGGAAGUUUUCCAGUUAAAAACCUUACCCAGAGGAGGCCACUGUCUGCAAGAAGCUACAGUACAGAGAGUUACGGUGCCUCCCAAACCAGGCCAGUUUCAGCUAGGCCUACUAUGGCAGCUCUUUUGGAAAAAAUACCAUCUGACUAUAACUUGGGUAACUAUGGUGACAAGCCAUCAGAUAACAGUGAUAUAAAGACGAGGCCUACUCCUGUGAAGGGAGAGGAGAGCUGUGGUAAAAUGCCUGCAGACUGGAGACAACAGCUGCUUAGACAUAUAGAAGCUAGAAGGUUAGACAGGAAUGCUGCUUACAAACACAACACAGUUAACCUUGGCAUGCUGCCCUAUGGAGGUAUUUCAGCAAUGCAUGCAGGCAGAAGCAUGACUUUAAACUUGCAGACUAAGUCUAAAUUUGAUCUACAAGAACUACCUCUUCAGAAAACCCCGUCCCAGCAAAGCAACAUUUUAGACAAUGGACAAGAAGAUGUAUCUCCUAGUGGCCAAUGGAAUCCUUAUCCUCUUGGGAGGCGGGAUGUACCUCCGGACACCAUUACUAAAAAGGCAGGAAGCCACAUCCAGACUUUGAUGGGGUCCCAAAGCCUUCAGCAUCGGAGCCGGGAGCAGCAGCCAUAUGAGGGAAAUAUAAACAAAGUGACCAUCCAGCAAUUUCAGUCACCAUUGCCUAUUCAGAUCCCCUCUUCACAGGCCACCCGGGGACCUCAGCCUGGACGGUGCUUAAUUCAAACUAAAGGGCAAAGGAGUAUGGAUGGAUAUCCAGAGCAGUUUUGUGUGAGAAUAGAAAAGAAUCCUGGCCUUGGAUUUAGUAUCAGUGGUGGAAUUAGUGGACAAGGAAAUCCAUUUAAACCUUCUGACAAGGGUAUCUUUGUUACUAGGGUUCAGCCUGAUGGACCAGCAUCCAAUCUGCUGCAGCCUGGUGAUAAGAUCCUUCAGGCAAAUGGACAUAGUUUUGUACAUAUGGAACAUGAAAAAGCUGUAUUACUACUGAAGAGUUUCCAGAACACAGUAGACCUAGUUAUUCAACGUGAGCUUACUGUCUAAAUA